GGGAGAGGGAGAGGGAGUCUGCAGCGAGUGGGCCUUGCCUCGGCCGGGUCUGUCUCCUGACCCUCGGCGCGUUCCGUACUUCCACGUGUUCCCACCGCUCUGCCGGGCUCAGCGCAGGAGGUCUGACCCGGGACCAUGACGUCCAGUUUGAAUGCACGGUUUGACUUCCCCAGCCCCGUAAUUCAAGCUCAGGCGGUAAGAAGUCUUGUUGCGUCUGUGCUAAAAGAGAAAGAACAAAGUGGGAACAUUUCCCAUUCAUCUUCCCAGGGCUCGGCUCUGGAGACUCUGUGGGAGCAGUGCUGCAGUGACUCGGCCCAAGUGCGCUCGGCCUGCUGCGAUGCCCUGGUGCUGCUGGUGGAGCAGGGCCACGCGGACCUGCAGUACAUCCUCAACUGUAUACUCAACCUACUGCCCUCGGCCAGAAAUGUGCAAGGGCUGAUGAAGGUCAUUGGAAAGCUUCUUCAGAUGCAGGCAGACCAGCUGAACGGCGGUUCAUCAUUCACUUGUCCUUACUCCAUCAGAGGCAGCCCCCAUCCGUACAUCACAGCUUUGGAAAACCGUGUGGACUGCUGGCCUGUCCUGCUCCUGGAGAUUGAUGAGUUCGUCCAGCAGGCUGCUGACAGGGAUAAUCUGGCGUAUGUGGAAAUGCUGAUCCCGUUCCUGCGCUACAUCUUCUGUGAGCCGCAGAGGCAGACGGGGUAUGCCGUCCUCAGACACAGCAUCCUUAGUGUUCUACUGCCCCAUAGCACCCCAGAUGGAACAGAAGGCCGGAGCAAAGAAAUACAGACCUCGAAGGUGUACGACAGUCUGCUCGGCUGCCUCUGCCAACUGGUUCCACACAUGCAGGUUGACAGUGUGGAGGCAGUGUUGGAGCUCUGCGGCUUUGUAGAGGCUUUGCUCCCUUCCCUUGUGGGGUCCCCCGGGGCCCGCUGGCAGAGCGCUCAGCUGGCCCUGCAGUUGCUGUGUGCCUGCCAGCUGAGUCUGAAGUUGAGCGGAGACUGCCGACCACUGAUCCACUUGAUCCAGCGACUGCUGCCCACCUGCAGAGAGGACUUGGCGGUGGAGGAGCUGCUGAUGGGCGUGGCCCUGUUACUGCUAGAGGCCUCCACAGCUCAGCAGACUGCUUUACUUAACCUGGCACUGGUUUUAGUCCCUGAAGAAGCUGACCUUUCUCCAUGGGGGACGCCCAUCCUGGUGCUGCCCCUACUGCAGCUGCUGUCGUGCUCAGGCCUCUUGGAGCCCCUGACGGACCCCCACAUCCACAGUCACAACCUCCGCCUGGCCCACAUCCUUCUCCACAGCUGUCAGAGAGACACACACAAGCCCAGUCCGCCUGGUACCCCGCUGGCGUUCCCCCUCAGCCCCUGGUACAGCGAGCUGCAGGUGGGUUUGCAUGUGCUGCGUAAAGUGGCUGAUGACCAAGCAGCAGCCAGUGAGUGGCUCCUGUCAGUCACGUCAGGCCUGUCCUCGAGCCAGUGCGUCCCCGGGCCGCUAAGCCUCAUCGUGGCCUAUCUCAUCGUUACCAGCCAGGAAGACGUCUGCCGUCUGGCCCUGAGUGCCGCGCAGGCCAUCGCCUCAGCAGACCCCUCCCAGGUGCCAUCCCUCCUCCCAGUUUUACUGUUCAAGCUGAAGAAAGAGAGGAAUCCUGCCUUGUCGCAUGCUGUUUUAUACUCUCUUCCUUACUUUGGGACUCAUAAGUUCUGCAUCCCCCAGGUGCUCAACACUCUCCAGAUGCUGGCUAGCGCCCCCAAGUUGAGGGCUGUUGCAAUGCGCCUCAUGACUGUCCUGUGGGAGAAACAGGACCGUGUGUAUGCAGAGCUGCAGCGGCUGCUGGGCCAGCAGGAGAAGCAGCGUGUGGUGGUGGGCAGGGACACUCAGUGGGAGCAGAUGCUGGCCAGGGCUGCAUGUCUGAAGGACAUCUGCAGGAAGAGACCAUACCAGCAUGGAGGGGACAUGCUGGCUGCCAUCACACACAUACUAGGCCAGUGCUGCAAACCGGACCUGGCUGCUCCUGCUGCUCUGGCCCUGCAGGGACUCCAGGAGCUGUGUCAGGCUGAGGUCGUGGACAUGGUGUCGACAUGGAGGGCCCUGGGGCCCACACUGAGCUGUGACUCCCGGCCGCUGAUGGUUAAAGCCACCGCCGAGCUGCUGGCCCUGCUGCCCCAGCUCACCGUCAGGUCGGAGGAGUACGAGAAACUGAAAGAGGAGGUGGUCAGCUUUCUCUGGAGCUACGCAUUAAGCAAGGAUCCAGAGGUUGCCUGCUGUGGCUACAGGGCUCUAGCAGCGUUCCCUGAGUCAGUGCACACAUUGCCUCACCUGCCUGAGUCGGUCAGGCCGGCUGUGAAGCCUGAAAGCGAGGAGGAUGAACAGGACCAAGAGGAGAAGGAGAAGGAUCUGUCUGUCCCAGGUUUAUCAUACUUGAAGCUCCUUGCUCUCACCAACCUAUCUGCCCUGCCAGCUUAUGAGUUCUUCCUGACAUCGCUGGUGAGGCAGGAGAUGAGCCAGAUGCCCCGCGGAGUGUAUCAUUCUGCCCUGAGAGCAGGAAGCCUGCGUUCAGACCAGGGUAAAACGGUGGCCGGCAUUCCAGCAUUCAUGCUGAAGACCUAUGAGAAGAACAAGCAGCCAGGGCUGAAGCCGGGACUCGCAGCUGGACUUCUCCUGUCUUAUGAGCUUCCUGUUCAGACCGAUCGUGACGGCAAACCGAUCAACCGCUUCCUUGUCAGCCGCAGCCGCAGCUACCAGCAGACCCUGGCUGCCCUCAUUUAUGAAGUGAACAUUCAGCCGUCUGAGUGGCACCGAGCCCUCCUGUUGCCCCAGGCCUGGCGGGGGUUCAUGAGUCGAGCCUUCCAUGCUGUGCUGCAGGGGCGACAUGCAGACCUUGAGAUGCAGCAGAGACAGGGCAAGGGAAGCCCCGAGGAGCUGCAGUACCAGCACCACUGUGCCUGGCUCUGGGCCAGAGACCAGCUGACAGACGCCAUCAAGUCUGCUGCAAAGGACAGUCCAGUGGUGCAGGGCAACUCCAUCCUGGCUCUGAGCGGGCUGGCUGCCAUUCUGGCUAAAUACGAGAGCAACCUGCCUGCAGAAACAGACAGCCUCACGGUCGGGCCGGAGAUCGUCCCCACAGCAAGCUGGUUGACGAUGGUGCUGGACACGCUGCUCAGCAUCAUCAGCAGCAGCUACAGGGCCCAAGGACAAGUCUUCCCAUGGUUUCUACAUCGCUCCUACUCGGGGGAGAACACGGCGAGUGCUAUAGCCCGCUCCUGUGCCACCCUGGCCUUGUCCCUGCUGGUGCCCGUGCUGGCCAGCUGGCACAGGAACAGCGUGGCCGAGGUGCUGUCCACCCUGCAGGCCGGCCUUCCCAGCUCAUCCAGCGCCGACGACUCCCAGGCCAUCCAGUUCCACUCCGGCCUGGCCCUGGGCCUGGUCAUGUCCUGUCUGCACAGCGAGCGCCUCAGUGAUGUGUCCGUUCCGAAGGAGAACGACCUGCUGCUGAAUUCUUUGGACACAUUGGAACGCUGCUCCUUUGACCCCAACCUGGAAUAUAAUUCAGGAUGUGUGCUGGGUCUGGGGCUGGCACUGGGCACUCUGUGUAAUAGUGGACAAGCUGAAUCCACAGCACGCGUCACCCUGACCCUGGAUAGACUGCUUGCCAGCCUCCAUGAUAGCAGUGGCCGUGGUCGCAUGAUGCUGGAGGUCUUGGCCUACUCUGUGGCAUGCGUGAGUGUUUCGGCCUUCAGCGCAGGCCUUAUUGACGCCACCACGGCAGAUGAGGUCAUAAACACACUGCGCACCUUAACGGAGGAGAGCCAGCAGACUCCAGGCUUUUCCCUGGCACUGGGGUUAGUGGUCCAUGGCAUGUCCAACUGCGGUCAUGGCAAGGCAGAAGACAUCCACCCUCGUCUGCUGGCUGCUUGGAUCAAAAUCCUGCUGGCGGAGGGCUGUCCAACUAUGCAGCGUCUGGCUGCGGUCAACGGCCUCGUGGCUCUUGUCGGAUCCGAGAGUUACAUUAUUCAGCUGAAGAGUGAACCGGAGCUUUCCAGUCAGCAUCAGAACAGACUGAAUGAAGUUAUUCGGACAAUCACACAGGUCAUUUCCUUCUCAGGAGCAAUCGGGCUACAGUCCAACAGCGCCUGUUUAGUGGGUCAUUUGUAUUUGGCCAACAUGACUACAGAUCGUAGUCACACAUCAGUGCCUCAGGACUUCAGUUAUCUCCCCGAGAAGAGCGUCAUCAGAUCAAUUGUUGACUUCAUCAUUGAGGCAGGACGGAAAGGAGUGGGGUUUGCUCACCCAGGACCGGUGAAGACUGCGCUGGCUCCUCUGGCAUCAGUGGGGGCAAGUUUCCAAUACCCACCCAUCAACUGGAGCGCUGUCUUGUCGCCUCUUAUGAGGCUAAACUUUGGAGAGGAUAUACAACAUCAGUGUUUGGUGCUAGCAGCGUGCCAAGCCCAGUCUUCCCAGAGUGCCUCCCUCUUUUUGGGCUCCUGGCUGUCCCCGCCACUGGUGCACAGUCUCAGUUAUCACACGAGGGGCUACCUCUACGAGACCGCCGACGUGUGGAUGAAGCACAUAGCUGAGGACAAACUCCAAGUGUACGUGGAGAGCCUCGGCGUUCAGCAGUUCCAGGAGGAGCUGCGGCCCCAACGGCGGGCCCUUUGCCGGUCCCUGCUACAGGGUUUGGCCCAGGCCAUGGCCCUGCCCAACCCACCCAGCAACUGCUGGACCGUCCUCUGCUCCACCACAGAGAAGGUCUUCAACCUUCUGCCUAACCACAUCCAGGAUGGGGAUGCAGACCUGUACAUAGGGAUCGCCAACUGUCUGACUGAGAUGUCAGAUAUGGAGAUAGACCGCAUCGCUCGAGUCACGGAGGCUGGCAUGGAGAAGAGCUGUUUCGUCCUGGCUUAUCUGAUAUCUAAGGGAAGGGUUCCCCUGCUGGGCCUCAAUGACGUCAUUGCUGCUGUGGUCCGUGGGUGGCCUAGCCGCCACAUCGGCUGGCUCCUCUUGCAGAGUUUCUACCUGUGUCGACUGGCCGCUAGCCCCAACACAGGUAUCGCCAGGCGGAUGGAGUGGCUGCUGGAGCUGAUGGGGCACAUUCGAAAUGUUGCUAACGGCACUUGCUCCGAAAAGUGUACAGACACCAAAACGGCCACAGAUUUCUUGUUCCAGGUGUUCGCCGCAGCUGUCGUGUCCUGGGCCGACCACUCCAUGCCCCUCGUCCUCGGUGUUCGAGAUCAGUGGAUCCCUUGGCAGACCGGCUCGAAGCCCCCGACGUUAACGCACAGUCUGUAUGGCGAGGAGCAGGUCACCGAGCACGCUCUGCCCCUGUGCAUGCUGGGACUGCCCUAUAGCCUGACACACCUGCUGGCCAAGGAGCCUUGGUGCAGUCAGUCACAGAAGUUUGUGGACUGGCUGCUUAGUAUCACAGAAGCUUCUGCACAGGGUCUGUCAGCGACGUCCAUCAACACUGCCAAAGCUGCCCUGUUGGCCCUGAAGUCCUCGGCAUGGUGCAAGAAGAAGGCUGUGUGGACCAGAGCGUAUGGCUGGUAACACGGCUCGACCGGCGCCACCGGAGAAGUUCUCCAUCACCUCAGCAUGUCCUCGCUCGCUUCCACGAGCUUGUUGGAAGUGCCCCGCCGUCAGCGGCUCCUCCUGCUGCUGCUGUGUGGAGCUGGUCGGGACCAUGGAUGAGGGAAGACCACCGGGGUCUCCUGAGAGCCAGGUCGCGGAGCACACGGCUCGUCGGACAGCAUCACUCCUUGUUUUUCUUAGGCUUUACCCUCUCAGACAGGCUUCGGUGUCAUCACAGUCAACACAAUAAGUGUGUACUAUGUCAGCACA